AUGUCUUGGGCACAGAAAUCCCUCACCCUCCCCAGCCGGUCGCGCGGGUCCUACCUCAUCACCGACCACAUCCUCAAAGAAGUACCCGAGAUCAAGAGCUACAAGACUGGCCUACUGAACCUCUUCAUUCAACACACAUCGUGCGCGCUGUCAUUGAACGAGAACUGGGAUCAAGAUGUUCGCGCGGACAUGAGCACAGCGCUGGAUCGCAUUGUGCCGGAAGACAAGAAGGGUCAGGGACUGUACCGCCAUGAUGCAGAAGGCAGCGAUGACAUGCCCGCGCAUGUCAAGUCUGCGUUGAUUGGCGCGAGCGUCACGAUCCCGAUCACAAAUGGAAAGCUGAACACGGGCACAUGGCAAGGCAUAUGGUACCUCGAAUUCAGAGAUUCGAAGCACACAAGGAAGGUGGUUGCCACGAUUCAGGGAGAGAAGAUGUGA